AAAUUGGUCUGGCACUUUACGGAGGAUGGCCAACUCACCACCAUUCGUUCACCCUAUCAGAUAAGAUGGUAAAGGCCUUAGGGCAUAGUAGUAGCUACAUCAGUUACUAUUGGUUGUUUCUUGGAGCAGAUUUGAAUAAUGGAUUGAAACCUCUGGAGAAUGAGGGUAAUGUACUCGAAAUGGUCUAGAAUAUACCCAUUAACAAACAUGUCUCUAUCUAUUUGGAGCAUAAGACUAAGCAAGAUCUAUUGCUAGAAGAGAAAAAGCUAAAAAUGGGAAUGAAGACAAUGGUUAAACAAAGGUUAAGUGAUGUUGUAAUUAGAGAUAUUGAUGAGGGAAACAAUGUUAGAGAUAUUGUUUCAAGAAACUACAAUGAAGAAAGUGAUGAUGGCACUGAUGAUGAAGAGGAGGAUGAUGGUAGUAGUGGUUAUCAUGAUAAUGAUGAUGGGAAUACAAACACAUCCAUGGAACUUGAAUUUGCAAUUGAUCAAGUUGUUUCUUCCAAUGUUGCUCUUUCUUGUCAUACAACUCUAACCAUAGUUGGAGGGAAAAAAGGAAAGGUCUCAACACUGUUAGCACAAAGACUAUGAUAUAUAUGACAAGUUUCAACC